CAGGUGUGUCUUCUGUCUCAGUGUUUUGGUGCUUAGAUAGAAACUCUUAUUUGAAAUGAAUUUGAAACAAAGAGGAUACAGCUUCUGUGUCCUUCUCAUUUACACCAUCACAAUAAUAUCUUGUCAGCCCUCUUUAUCACAACCUGACGCCCGUUUGAUUUUUCAUAAUGACCGGAGCAGCGUUUUAACGGCUGUAGGCAUCACCCACUCCGAUAACCGAGAGGACACAGAGUGGAUACACCGUCACUCAAGGCUGGGAGAAGAGGCGAGGAACCUCCGGGGCGUUAACAACAGGGACACACAGAUAGAAACCACCGGAGGGCCUCAACACACACUCAAACUCAAAAUGGCGUCAGCUUUAACUGAUAAAAGCCUCAAAACCAGAAACAAACUGAAGAGAAGCGAGCAGGAGUGGAUGUAUACGUCAUUUAAUCCUCCAAAUAAAGACUGCACUGAAGGGAAGAUCCAACAUGUCGUCCCUGGAGAGUUUUACAUCUCAGGUCAACUUGAAGAGAAUCCUAAUGUGGGAUAUCAGUCUGAUUCUGCUGCUCAAGUCCAGGCUGAGGGAGGCCAGGAGACCACCACAGGUCAGCGGCUCAGCGGCUCAGACGAGAGCUGGCAGAGGCUGCAGCCUGUGGUGGAGUGUGGAGACGACGCCAUGACCCUCACUGUCAGGAGGAGACGAGCUGUGCAACUACAGCUGGACCGAGUGAAUGAGUCAUCCGUGCCCCUGUCCAGGCUGCCACCUCAGUGUGGUUACUUUGUUCAGACCACAUGGAGAGACCUCAGUCUGAUGGCUCAAUAUGAUGCCUGCCACAUCACAGUGGAGGACGACAGCUAUGUGUUGCCUCUGCUGUGGAGAGGGACUCCAGUCAAGAUGUCCUGCCCAGUGUCUCAGAUCCAGCCUCAGGCUGCGGUCCCGCCCUCCCUCUGCUGCUCCCUGUAUGGUAUGACUGUCAGAGUGCAGGGAGACUCUGCUACAGAGGAGCUGAGGGUGAACGUCAGAGGAGAGUGGACCCCUCUAGUGGUGUUGGCUGAGCAGUGUGGCUACACUUUGGACAGACGAGACGCAGAGAUCGUAAUCACUGCUCCAUUCGUGACAUGUGGCAUCAUAGUAAAGGAUGGAAAACACACACUUUCUCUUCAGAUAGGAGAGAACACAUUCACACUGGCCUGUCCCAUAUCUCUGCCUGAAGAACUCCCACUGACCCAUCAGCCUCUGGCCAACAGCCAUCAUCAUCUAACCACAUGGCACAUGCCAGAAUCCCUGGAGUCUUUUCCCUGGGCUCCACCUUUCUACCUGGCCCCGCCUUACUACCCCCACCCUACAUAUCACCACAAGUAUCCAAGUCCUGAUGGACACGAUGCGUUUAACCCUCCUUCUCCCUCAUCUGUGACUCCUGAGCCUACAUCUGGUCCCCAGCCUCUCCAUCCUUAUGAAAUUCCUGUGAGGGAGUCUUAUAAACAUUUUGAUGUCCACAGUUCUCUGUCACAUACAGAUGAGGAGGAUUCAGGUGGUUUGUAUCCAGAUCUGCAACAAAAGCAAGAAACUCCAGUCUUUGGUGUGUCUGACGGCCACGGUGCUGCUCACGCCCCCUCCUCGGAUACAGGCCUUCCUACUCAAGCUGAACCACCUCCUCUCCAGCCCCCCAGCCAUGCCUUCAAUCCAUACUAUCACUACUACCAUCACCCUAAAAUCCCUCUUCCUGGUCCAACUCCAGAUCGUGAUCCAAAGUCUUUAACAAAUGCUCACAACCCUGAACAGCCAGUGUUACCCGCUGACGUGCAGUCUGAGGCUCUCCACAGAGUCAACUCACAGCAGCUCCUUCAGCCGGUGCCUGAGGCCGCCUCUCAUCCUUACACUGCUCCUCCCAAAGCCUCUGCACCUCAGACACCUCAUCCUCCACAGCCCUAUCCAUACCACUACUAUUACUUUCCACAUGUUGCUAAAGGCGAGGCUAAAAGAGUGGCUCCUCUCAGCUCUGACAAAGCUGCAGAAACUAAAUUAUCGUCGAGCACCUUGGUUCAUCCGCAGCCUCGCUCGUCACAAGUGCACGACCAAUACUACUUAAAUCCUGACAUAGAUCAGCCAGAUGAGGUGAUUGAUUAUCCUAAAAAUAUCCACCCACUUUUAUCUGAAGAAGAGCUGCAUGAAAAGAAGAGACACUCUGCUCCUGUGACUCCUGCAGUCCAAUCUCCCCUCCCUAUCAGUAGUAAUCCUCCUGGAGCAGACACUAUUAGACCUCUACCUCCUAAACAACCCUCGUUCCCCACUCCAUCACCCAUCCAUAAUCUCCCUGCUAACCCGUACUACCACCACCCUUAUUAUCACUACUAUCAGAUGUAUUAUGGACCUGAGAGUUUACCCAGUGCUGACAGUCGUGUGUCUCCACCUCCACCUCCACCUCAAGAAGCUUUGGACCCUUUGCUUGAAGCAUCUCCCUCCACACCACCGCCCCAUCGCAAACAUCAAACCACUGCUCCACCCACAAAAUCAAUGUACAAUGUUCACAACGGCCCCAUUCAUCCAUACUACUAUUAUUACCACCACUACUUCCAGCCUGAAGCAUCCGUGCAGGAACUACACCCUGCAGGCAGUAUGAACCCUGAGAAAGCAUCAACAUCAGAAUCUCCGCCUCCAUCUGACUACAGGGGGAUGGACUGGCAGGUUCAUGCUGCUGAGGCAGGAUAUCCCAGCAUCCCUCAGCUGCUGCACAGCUCCGUGUAUAGCCUCGAUUCCCAUUAUGUCACUCAGCAACAUCCAUAUGUUCCCUUUGGGCAUCCUGGUGGAGAAGAAGCAGAAGACAGGCAGGAUAAUAAAAUGAAAGAUCAGCUCCAGGCUGGUCCGUACACUCCCUCUGCUGCCUUGCCCUGUGGCCUUGGCCUUGUGUCAGACUCUGACUGCAGCAUGUCUUUAGGCUGCUGCUCGUACCCUGUGAACGACUGUACAGUGGGACAGCAUUUAGUCUUUGCGGUGCCCGACUCUGUGGUGGAGCCCACAGUGGCCCUGCCUGCUCAUCCCACUGAGGCCAGUAAUGUGUCCUGCACGCUGCAGAAGCUGACCUCUGACCCGCACAUCUACACUGUCCCGCUGGACGGCUGUGGAGUAAACAAACAAGUGUUUGGUCAGACAGUGGUUCAUCUGUUGGAGGUCCAUGGUGUCCACGCUCUGCAGGACAACUCUCCUGUCAGGUUGAUGGUGGAAUGUAGUUCCUCUCUAGGUUCUCCAGGUGAAGUGAGGCUCCAUGUGUUGGAUCAACCUCCUCCACCUCCCCUUCAGUCUCCACCAGCCACUGUCACUGUGCAGUUGAGAAUUGCCACAGACUACUCCUUCACCAGCUUCCACCCUGAGGCUCACCUUCCUCUCAGCUUCCUGCGAGGCACACCUGUUUAUGUGGAGGUGAGCCUGCUGGAGGCCCCAGAGCCCGGACUGGUGCUGCUGGUUCACUCCUGCGUGGCUUACACUCAGGCUCCGUACACCAGCUGGAUGCUGGUUUAUGACGGCUGUCCCAGCCGGAGUGAUUCACAGCUGCUUCCUUCCCCACACUCUGAUCCCCACCACAUCCGGAGGAUCUUAAUCUCUGGCUUCCUGUCCCUGCCCUCAGAAAGUCCCUCCUAUAUGACUGAAGGAGGACAGCCUCACCUGGAGGACCCUGAGAUCUACUUCCUGUGUUUGACAGAAGUGUGCUCUGCUGCAGAUGGUGACUGCACCGUCGGCUGCAUCAACAGUCCCAGCAGUGACGUGUGAGCAAUCAAAUAAACACUUUUACACAACUGCA